AUGCCCUGCCCGAUGCUGAGCAGGCGACUCGCCGACCUCAUCCAUUCCUGCACUACGCGCGGAGGCAAGCGGCCUCUUGCUGUCGACAUCCUAGUUGGAGCCUCCAUCGAGUGCAGGCAACAGGGGCGUUCCAGCGGUACCAGGCGUUCGCCGCGGGCGGCGGCGGCGCUGCUGCCACCGCCCGCCUUGCAGCUGCGGCGGAAGAAGCGGCGGAAGUAA